ACGAAGUCGCGGAGAAUGGCGAUGAUCAGAUCAUCACAGGGCGUUGCAUGUCCGCCCCCGGUUUGUGGCAAGAGUCUCCGCUCCACAUCAAGGUUAUAUCAGAUAUAUAUACUAUUCGUAUACUCGAACAGCGUUUUUGUGCUUUGCGACACCUCCAAGACAUCCUUGUGACCGAGCUGGGCUGCCGUACAGUCGAACGUAGGGAUUCUAUCCUCACAACCUCCAUAACCGUGCACGCCAGCAUCAACUACGAGUUCCCUACAGACAUCUCAUUGGGAACAAAUCCGUCAGAAUGUCCACCGUGAUUCUCGGGGGAGGCAUCAUCGGCCUGUCAACAGCGUAUUACCUCGCGCAGCAGAAGAAAGCUGCUGGAUCAGCCGAUUCGAUCCAUAUCAUCGAGUCGUCGCCAGUUUUCUUCGAGUCAGCUAGCGGGUAUGCUGGUGGCUUUCUCGCCUUGGACUGGUUCGUCCCGGAGGUAAGCGAUCUCGGUGCGCUUUCUUAUCGCUUGCACCGAGAACUUGCAGAGAAGCAUAACGGUCCCAGAAGAUGGGGCUACGGCGGAAGCCAUGUGUACAGCUUGAAUGUCCCUGACAGUGGCACCGGGCGGAAAGCCAGAGGCGAGGACUGGCUGCUGGCAGGGACAAGCCGGGCGAACGCGGUUAAAGCAAACUCGGAGGCUGAGAAAGGCCGUCAUGUCGCGCAUGGCGACACGGUCAAUCCAGAUGGCACGCCAGCCGUCUUCACGCCGCAACGCGAAGGAACCUAUGAGACUAUUGCUGGACCCGAAGAGUGCGCCCAGAUCGAGCCGAGAGAGUUCUGCGAAUUCUUGCUGGACGAGUGCAAGAAGAUGGGUGUUGAGGUGCACCUAUCCACUAAGGCAACUGGCAUUCUGACCGAUGGCAAUGGUGUUUUUCAGGGGUUGAAGUUGCAGUCGACCGACAAGAACCGCCCAAUAGAGAUACAUAUACGGUGCAAAGAUGUCGUGCUCGCAGCUGGUGUCUGGACUCCAAGAGUGUUCGAGGCCUUGUUCCCUCAGAGCAAAGUACGACUUCCCAUUGAGGCUCUGGCAGGCCACAGCAUCACGGUACGGUCCCCGAGAUAUAAAACACCUUUUAUCGACCCUUCCAACCGACGGAUUGGCGGCAAAGACAACUGGUUAUGCUAUUCCAUUUACUGUCCUCCCGGACCGCACUGGUCAUAUGCUAUGGAGGCAUAUGCCCGAUUGGCUCGCAAUGGUGAGACGGAGCUUUGGCUAGGCGGCUUGAACCACAGCAAUUUUCCUGUGCCGGAACUGGCCGUGGACGUGAAGAAGAUGCUUGACCCAGAAUGCAUCAAGGAUCUUCGUAAAGCGACGGUACAGGUGUCUGGAUUGACAAAGGAAGGCGACGAUCUGAAUCAGGACGACCUGGAAACAAUAAGAGAGGCGCUUUGCCUGCGGCCCGUGACUCCAACUGGGAAGCCUUUUAUUGGAAAAGUGCCGGAGAAAUACCUAGGUGGUGUUCGCUGUGAACAAGGAGGUAUCUGGAUUGCGUGCGGCCACGGACCCUGGGGCAUCACUUUGUCUCUAGGAACAGGACUCGUCAUGAGCGAGAUGCUGCUUGGAAAGAAGCCAAGUGCGGACGUUGAGGGCCUGCAACUGAGCUCGGUUUCAGGUGUCCGCUCGUCGUUGUAGAAGACACUGUAGCUAGUGGCCGGUAAAACAAGACUUGAACCUGUAGCCCUGGACUCACACUGUACGCGCCCCCAACGGAAUUGGCCUCGAGAGGAGAUAGUGUCAGUGCUCGUAUUUACUUCGGAUUUACCUUGUGCUUCUAUUAUCCACAACCUCCAUUUGUUGGGGAAUUACUUCCAAGGAACAGCCG